AUGGAGUUCGUUUCACAGCAGUUCAACUCGACCGUCGGGUCCCUGAUGAAGCCGGCCACCACCCAGUUUGCCUCGGACCUUUACAAGAACACCGACUUUGCCUCGCUCAACUUGCUUGAAAAGGCAUGGGCCAACUGGUACCUCUACUGGGGCAACCCUGUGAUUGCCACCGGUAUCAUGUCGUUCAUGAUCCACGAGAUCGUCUACUUUGGCCGUGCCAUUCCUUGGAUCAUCAUCGACUCGAUGCCAUCGAUGCGCAAGUACAAGUUGCAGGAUGACAAGGUGCCCACCCCUGAACAACAGUGGAAGUGCACCAAAUACGUUCUUCUCUCGCACUUCACCGUCGAGUUGCCACAGAUUUGGUCUUUCCACCCCAUUUGCGAAUACUUUGGUCUUGCCACCCACGAGGUACCUUUCCCACACUGGACUAAGAUUGCAUGGCAGAUCGGGCUCUUUUUCUUGUUCGAGGAUGCUUUCCACUACUGGGCUCACCGUGCUCUUCACUGGGGACCUCUGUACAAGCACAUUCACAAGAAGCACCACGAGUACUCGGCUCCCUUCGGCCUCGCUGCCGAGUAUGCUCACCCUCUCGAGGUCCUCAUUCUCGGCACUGGUACCAUCGGCGGUCCCUUUGCUCUUUGCGCUUUCACCAAGGAUCUGCACAUCUUGACGGUCUACAUCUGGAUCGUGCUUCGUUUGUUCCAGGCUAUCGACGCUCACUCGGGUUACGACUUUCCCAUUUCGCUUCACAACUGGAUCCCCUUCUGGGCUGGCGCAGAUCACCACGACUACCACCAUCAGGCUUUCGUCGGCUGCUACUCGACCUCGUUCCGCUGGUGGGACCACUUCCUGGGCACUGACCUUUCAUACAAGCGUGCCCGCGCUCGUCAGGCCGAGAAGAAGCGACAGGCUUUGGAAGGUGCCAAAUCUGCUGCUGCCAAGGCUCAGUAA